UUAGUCGUCACCCGGGAGUCGUCACCGAACAUUUACCGAAAGCAUACAUCCGUCACGUAUAUGUCACGGGUCCGUCACGAAGCCACCACGUAAAACAACCAUCACGUGUUUCAUUUUUAACCGUCACGGGUUCUACUUGAUAGUCACGGGUUAUCAACUUGAAAGCGGAAAUGCGGGUUGGUUUCUUGAGGAGCCACAUUAAGAGUCUUCCUACUCGUGUUUUGAAAGGAUAUUUGUUCCCAAAGAGAGCUAGCGUUGGUCUUACGUUCUUCUGGAGAAACUUCAACGAAACCAUGACAGCGAAAGAGAUGUACUUCGCUUUCGGUUCCAACAUGAACCCAGACAGGAUGAGGGAACGAAAAGCCUUCUUCACUAAACGAGUUGGGGCCAAGUUAUCGGACUACAAGAUGAGUUUUACGUUUAGAAGACCGGAUGGACGUGGUUCCUGUAACAUCAAGCCAGAGAAAAACUCGGUUGUACAUGGGGCAUUGUACACUCUUGAAUCUGGCGGACUUGAUAGACUGGAUGUCUUCGAAAUGGUCUCAGAAGGUCGUUACCGCCGGCAGUGUGUGAUCGUGGAGACUUCAGAUGGGGAAAAAAUUGAAGCCACAACUUAUGUUGUGACUGAUGAGUUUUACCAGGAGGGAUUAGUCCCACGGCGAGAAUACCUAGAUCACUGUUUGGCCGGCAAAGAUCUCUUGCCAGCCGAAUAUUACGAUUUUCUCGUGUCUUAUAAGGACGUCUGCAAAGACUAGAACUGAAACAAAAUUACUACAAGGAGCAAUCCCUCACUUUGAAUUCUACAGAUACAGUAUUGACCCAGUAUUUAAACUUAUCUCUUAAGAAAACUGUAUUUAUUUCUUAUCAAAAUGAAACAAGGAAGGAAGAAA